AUGAGCCAAAAGCGCGCGAGAUCCUACGACCACACAUCUUCAUCAGAUGAAGUGAGUUCUUCCAAUUUUCUAACUUCAAAACAAAAUGUUUCUUUCAGAAUGUCAUCUACGCCGGAACAUAUGAUCCGGAUAUUCAAGUCAUUGGUGUGAGUUCUUAUUUUUUUUUUUUGGUUUUGGAAUCAUAAUCAUAAAAUGUAUUUUUGCAGGGUAGUUCGGCGGAAUUUCGAAGAGCCAGAGCACGCCAGGAACGAAGACAUGCUCGGAAAGUUGCCAAAAGAGAGGAAAAACGCGCUCGCCAGGUAAAUUUGUGAGGUUUCUUCUAGGAAAAAUCGAUAUUUUUCAGAAUGAAAGUUCGUCCACAUCGAGUCAAGGUUCAUCUUCUGGUAUCCAAUAUUCUGGAGCGGUUGGAGCAGAUGAUGAUGUUCAAGAAUUGAAAGUUGAAAGUGGACCUCCAGAUGCUCAAGCUGGCUUCGAAACAAAGAUGAGCAAAGGUACUGCUGGACAAGAAGGAUCUUCAACAUCUUCACAGGCUGCUCAAGAUGUCAAGGCUCACAAGGCUCGUCCUGGAGAGGAAAGAUCUGAGGAAACAUCGAAAUUUAGCAAACAAUCUGGAAAGGCCGAUAAUUCAUCAGGUUCAGGUCAUACAUUUUUCUUCGGGGCUUCCAGAAAAUUUACAAAAAUUUCCCCGAACCUUUUAGAUUUCACCGGGCUUCUAAAAAAUUCAGAAACAAUUCCUGAACUUUUCAAUUUUUUUCCACAUCUUCUAAAAUGUCCAGAAAAGAUUUUCUAGAUGAUUUUUCGAAAUGAAAAUUAUUCUUUCAGGUUCGCGUGAAACUGCUAGCUGCUCAGAAAAUUCUCCAACUUUCAAAAAGAAUUUGGAACAUCAACAUGAAGAAAAACCGAUCGCAUUCAAUUUCGCACAAGUUGUUGCUGGACAGGAAGGAUAUUCAACAACUUCACAGGCUGCCGAUCAAGAUGUUAUGAUUUUCAAGACUCGUACUGAAGAGAAAAGAUCUGAGGAAACAUCGAAAGUUGGCAAACAAUCUAGAAAGGGCGAUGAUUCAUCAGGUUCAGGUAAAACAUUUUUUCAAUCGGUCUUCUAGAUUUUUUUGGGCUUUUUCCGGGGCUUCCAGAAAAUUCAGAAAAAUAUCCCAAGCCUUUUAGAUUUUUCCGGGCUUCAAAAAAAUUCAAAAACAUCUUUGAAAACUUCAGACUUCUCUGGAUAUUUUAUAGAUAUUUAAAAAUGCUUUUCGAAAUUUUAAAAUUAAAAUAAUUAUUUCAGGUUUUCGUGAACUUUCUGGCUGCUCAGAAAAUGCUCCAACUUUGAAAAAGAAUUUGGAACAUCAACAUGAAGAAAAACCGAUCACCUUCAAUUUUGCACAACAACAAGUUCAAGGAGCCACCGCCAGUGUUAUCGAAAAACCGAUUAAAUUGGAAGUUGAAAAUGUUGAAGUUGGUGGAAAUUCGAACAAUGUGCUGGAAACUAAGCCACAGGUAACAAUUUUUUGAUUGAAAUUGGGGAACAUUUAGAAACCUGUAAUUCAGAAAAUAAUUUUCAAACAUUUCGCCAAUAAUUUAUUUUUUUUUCAGAUCGAACAACAAAUUGUUGGCACAUCUUCUGGCAAACCAACUGGUGGCACUGUAACUGGAGAACAUUGUGAAGAAGCCAGCGAAGUCAAGCCAAUCCCAGAAGCUUCCAGAACAUCAGAUGAAACCCAAAACGAUUUGGAAGUUAAGGUAAGUAUUUUUGCCGGUUUUGUUUCAGAGGGAAAAUGAAAGAUUUGCAAUUUCAAACAUUUCUGUAUUCAGAAAUUGAGCUUGCAGAUCUGAAAUUUUCGAAAAGUUCGGACUGUAAUUUGCUAAUUUCCUGAAGCUUUUCAAUGUAUUUAAAACUAUAAUUGUACUUGAACUUGAAAAUUCGAAAUUUCUAAUUUCAGCCUGGUACAUCUUCAAAUCUCUAA